AUGAUCAACGACACACUUGGGUUUGGAGAACUGGACACGAAUGUUUCUGAGCCGCUCAGACUGGACUCAAAGUCUCUGGUCACCUCGGCCACGAUGUUCGCCGUGGGAGUCCUAGGGAACCUGAUCGCCAUAGUUGUGCUGUGCAUCUCCAAAAAGGAGCAGAAGGAAACAACUUUCUACACUCUAGUUUGCGGGAUGGCCAUCACUGAUCUUUUGGGCACAUGCUUCACCAGCCCAGUGGUGAUCGCCACCUAUGUGGCCAGCCGCUGGCCAGGAGGCACCCUGCUCUGCCAUUUCUUCUCCUUCUCCAUGCUGUUCUUCGGCUCAGCUGGGAUGUCCAUCCUGUGCGCCAUGGCUGUGGAGCGAUACUUGGCCAUAAACCAUGCCUAUUUCUACUCCCAGCACAUAGACCGAACCAUGGCGCGCUUUGCGCUCUUGGUCACCUACUUAGCCAACAUUGUACUGUGUAUUAUGCCCAGUUUUGGCUUCGGGCAGCACGUCAGACACUUUCCAGGUACCUGGUGCUUCCUGGAUUGGAGGGCGAUGGAUCCACUCGGCGCCUGCUACUCCUUCUUGUACGGCGGAGUGAUGCUGGUGCUGAUUGCGGUGACAGUUCUGUGUAACUUGGCGGUGUGCAGGUCGCUGGUGGGGAUGAACCAGAGAACAGGAAUAGUGAGGACGGAGCUGUGUGAGCAGGGAGGCUCACGUCGCCGCUUCCCUCGGCUGCCGUCGGUCACUUCUGCAGCAGAGAUCCAAAUGUUGUGGCUUCUGGUCUUCAUGACCAUCGUUUUCCUGGUGUGCUCCAUCCCUCUAGUGGUGCGAAUCUUCGUCAACCAACUUUAUGACCCUGCUUAUAUUUCUGCUGGGGGGCAGCCUGACUACCGGAGUGACCUGAUGGCGAUCCGCUUCGCCUCAUUCAAUCCCAUUUUAGACCCCUGGGUGUACAUUCUGUGCAGGAAGAACCUGCUGCUAAAGGGCUGCGAGAAGCUGAAGAGGGUUGUGACUCGGUUUAAAGAGGGACAUGAUGACAAUACUGGUUGGGUGGGGUGUCAGCACUCUCCCCCGUCCUUAAACAGUGACGACACAAGUUGUGCAUCUUUACGCACAGCCAGCUACAGGAACGGUAUGGAAAACCGAGUCACCAUCAAGACUGAAUCCUUUACAGACUUCGCAAUGAGACAAGCGUGGGAUUGCGACACCGCCCGGAUCAACUUCCACCCGUUUGGCAUUGAGUCCACCGCGAUCCUCGGGUGUGAGGAAGAAGUAGCUGAUUCAAAACAGGAGGCGGCCGUGAAGGCUUCUCCAGGACGCAGCGCCACAUCGCUGCUCUCUGGACACAUUAUAAGAGGGGACAUUGUCACCUGCACGUUCAGCACACCGAGUUCCUGCCAGUCAGGGAAAUGCGUUUGA